CAGUCACAAUGCAGGUACUCGGAUUAACCUUUAUCCGGAUCCUUCAUGCUCUACUCACCGGAGCAAAGAGGAUGAAUAAAUGAAUGACAAAAUUCAGUGAGAUUUUGUUAGGAAAUAAAGCUGGUAAGAAAUGACUUUAACGUUCUGUUGAGCCAUGACAUUGUAAGAACAUUACAUGACGUGUGCUGCGCUCAGGCAUAAAUUAUCGCAGGAAAUCUUGGGAUUCAGCCCAACUGGAAGUAACAAGGAUUACUGAAAUUUCUCCAGUGGGCGUCGACUACAUUGAAAUCUAGCAUAGUUCAUGGUAUUUUACAUGACGAACAUUUCUAUUUCUGCGGUCGAAAAGUCCCGGGGACAAGGUAUUGCAUAAGGAAAAUAAACAUGGCGGCCAGAGGUGCGUGUCGUCUUGGGACAUGUAUGUACUCAGCAAUGAGUAAAUCGAUCUUAAACAGAGGGAGCAUUUAUAUGCAGAGAUGCCUAGUCAGCUCAAGUAGCUAUGCGUCAGCUGCCUUUGGAACAAGUCGUCGAUUCGCGGUUAUUCUGGCUGCGAGUUGUGGAGUAAGCCUUUCUGCCGUUGUGUCGUACCGCAUGUUGUUUUCCACUGCUGUAAAAGCUAGGCCGAUCACAGAUUCUCAGACCGGCUUAGAAACGGUUCCCAAGAAAGGAAUUUCAGAAUUAACAGUUACUUUAUAUCAAUACCAGAACUGUCCUUUUUGCGGUAAAGUGCGAGCGUUUCUUGAUUAUCAUGGCAUCAAGUAUGACAAAGUGGAGGUGAGUCCUUUGUGGAAAGGAGAAAUCAGCUUUUCCAAGUACAAGAAAGUCCCGAUCGUUAUCGCAGAUGACAAGCAGAUCAAUGACUCAUCAGUUAUCAUUAGUGCUCUUCGCUCUUUGAUGUUGGGACGAGAUUCCUUGGAACAGAUCUUAAACUACUACCCUGAAAUGACCAUGCAAGGAUCUGAUGGAAAGGAAAAGACAGAAUAUGCCAACCAGUAUUUCAUCAUGUACAGAGAAUCCCUGGACAAGCCAUCCAUGGAGAAAGGAAAGGAAGAGAGAAAAUGGCGGAAAUGGGUUGACAAUACUUUUGUUCAUACACUGUCACCGAAUAUCUACCGCACAGCAUCAGAAGCUAUGCAAGCUUUUGAGUACUUUACCAAGCAAAGCAACUUUGGCACUGUUGAGAAAUACACAACUUACCUUGCUGGGCCAGUUGUCAUGUACUUUGUUGGAAAACAUGUGAAGAACAAGUACAAUAUCAAAAAUAAUGUCCGUGAAGCUAUGUAUGAGGAGGCAGAAAAAUGGAUGAAGGCUGUAGGCAAGAGGAAGUUCAUGGGAGGCAGUGCACCAAAUCUCGCUGACUUGGCAGUGUAUGGCGUAUUGAGUGGCUUGGAAGGACUCGAUGCAUUUCGAGAUCUUAUGACGCACACAACAAUGAAGCCAUGGUACGAUCGGGUCAAACAAGCCGUACAGACACACGCUGGAGCAAACAAUAUCUGACAUCUGACUUUGACCACGAAAAUCGAUAUACUGCACGUGCAGAAAUAAAACGCGAAAGCAAAAAACUCAUCGUGAAUCACGCGAAGACGGCAAGAACUAAAUAUUAAGUUUUGAAAUCAACGUACAGCGUACGGCUUAAGCGCACAUCAAGUUUGACCGAACCAUGCUUCAGUCAUUAAGUGAAAGCAGGCACUGUUUUUGCAUGGUGCAAUCCUCGCCAAAUUUAACGAAUAAUGUAAAUGUUGAAUUGAUAAAGACGACCAGCAGCGAAUGUGCAAUCCGAAAAAUGUUAGGUGCUUCUAAAACUGUGCUCAGUCCUUUAUAACGUAUAUAGUGAUGAUUUAAAAUGUAGGAGCAGUGUAUGAAAUGUUAAUCACGGCUAACAUUGUGAAAGUGAUAUAACUUGGCUUUCCAGAAAAGGGAUAUUAAGUCUCAGGCUUCACUCUUUUCAUUCAUCUUAUUUAGUUUGAGGAAGUGUGAUGAUUACCCUACUGAUUUAUUGAACGAGUAACGAACGAGUUUACUUAAUGAACUUGUGCAGAACGGAGAGAGCCAAGAAGCUAGUCGCAUAGAAGCUUCACCAUUAAGUAUUUCAUCCUUAUUAAAGGAAUAUGAAGAACUGGUUAACGGGUCAGCGUACAAUCUUGAGAAAUGCAGCCAAUAUCUUAACAUGUAAAGUUUAGUGAAAUACAGUUUGUGAAGUUUUGAAAUCGUGAUUGUCAUAAUCAAUACAGAGACCUCAUAGACCCGUAUAGCAGUAUGUGCAUUCUAAACCGCUGCAUGGUAGGGUCGGUUGGGCACUAUGCAACUACCAGAACGUUCGAUCUCCUAAAAAAGACUGCUUAUUUCUAAACAACCGUCGUUGAAUAACCUUACCUCUUUUGCUCUAAUUUCUGCUCAUUAUUUAGAGAGGGUUUGCGUUGCUCAUGGAAACUAGGAGACCAGGAACACCUACUUGAAAAUUCUCUUUCGACUUACUCCUGGAAAAUCCAGGAAUCCUUUUUUUUUGUUUUUUUUCCUGGAAUCAUUUUUUCAAAAACAAUAAAAACCCAACCAGGAUGACUCAAAGCCAACGGAAAUCAGUAAAUCGAUGCAAUGAUUCCUUGUGAAUGUCUGGAAGAAAUAGGCAAAGCUUGUCUGAAGCAGUUAUUUUAGUGUCCACCAACAGACUUAAAUCGCCACCCAAAUCUUCUCUAGACAGCACAGGUUGAAGGGUAAACAAGUAUUUAUAUAUAAACACCAGUCAAGACCAUUCUUUUGAAAGUACGUCAAUCCCUUUAUUCAGUUCAAAGUUCUAUUGUUAAACUUUAGAACACAACUUGUAAAGUCAAUCCUGUUUCUUUUGUGAAUCUUAGUGUCCUUGUGUUUCCUUUAUCAUUUCUUUGUAUUUUAUUUGUCACGCCAUAAAAGUUUUCUGUAUUUGUUUUUUGUUCCGCCAUAAGUUGUAAGUAUUUGUUUUUAGUUCCGCCAUAAGUUGUAAGUAUUUGUUUUUAGUUCCGCCAUAAGUUGUAAGUUUUUCGUUUUUUGUUCCGCCAUAAGUCGUAAGUAUUGGUAUUUUUGCACUUGGGUUUGUUUCUUGUUGCACUUGGUUUCUUAACUUUUCUUUGGUAAUGUUUUGUCCUUCUUUCACUUUUUUUUUCUUGAGAUAUGUUAUCCUCUCAAACUUCGUCACAUUAUUUCAAUAUAAGAUAUCU